AUGGCCGCGAGCGCGCACUUGUUCUUGCUGCCGUUUGGCUCUUGCUUCGAUGAGGCAGAAGAUGGAAUGAACUACUCUGAAACUACCGACCUCACAAACUCUACCGAGGGUGUAAGCUUGCACCCAGAGCAACUGCCUCGCGACCAUUCUGGGACGAAAAGGACAAAACCACCCUCCUGUGAGGACGUUGGCAGCGCCGUGGAGCUAAUCUUGGGCAGCGGUUUCGUGGACACCGUGGUCGACCUCGAAUCUUUGUCAGCCGAUCUCUCCCCGACGCCGCCUGCACGCAUUCCUUGUGUACUUGAUCGUCAGCAUCAUGGACAUGGAGGUGCUUGCCAGGGCGAACCCGAAAAACGUGUUUCCUUCUCGCUGCGCUCGCCGGAAACUUCGCAGUCCGACCUUCAAUGA